UGUCAGCGAUACUGUCAGUGCUUCCCAGCGCUGCGUUGGCUAACACUCAGAGCUUCUACCUGUUUCAUGUCGGUUAUCGUGCUGCUGUUUGUAUCAGCUAUAAACAUCAGUACAGAAGGAAGAAAGGGUGCUAUGUUGCUUGUUGAUUCUGUGCAAUACAUAUUUUCCUGAUUUAAAAUCGGUCCAAACUAUAAGUGUGUGAAUGCAGGAUGCUGGACACAGUGACGGUGAGCUGGAUUAUGCAGCGUGGUAAUAGCACGCUGCCUCCAGCUAUAGAAAACACAUCGGUUCUGCCCACGUGGCCGUCUCAAUCCAACAUCAGCACACCACACAGCUGCCUGCGGGUGCUUUACGAGGACAUCGGCUCCUCCAGGGUGCGCUUUUGGGACCUGCUGCUUCUGGUGCCAAAUGUGGCCUUCCUCGUGUUCCUGGUGUGGAAGCUUCCAUCAGCUCGUGCCAAGAUCCGCCUUACUUCCAGCCCUAUCUUUAUCACAUUUUACAUUCUGGUGUUUGUAGUGGCAGUUGUCGGAAUCACUCGAGCCAUUGUCUCCAUGACUGUGAGUGCAUCCAGUGCAGCUAUCAUCAUUGACAAGGUGCUGUGGGAGAUCACACGCUUCUUCCUGUUGACCAUCGAGCUCAGCGUUGUUAUAUUAGGACUGGCCUUCGGUCAUUUGGAGAGCAAAUCAAGCAUCAAAAGGGUGUUGGCCAUAACUGCAGUGUUAGCAUUGGCGUACUCAAUUACGCAGGGUACACUGGAGAUUCAGUACCCAGAUCAACAUCUAUCAGCUGAUGAUUUCAAUAUCUACGGUCACGGAGGGCGACAUUUCUGGCUGGCCAGCUCCUGCUUCUUCUUCCUGGUUUAUUCUCUGAUCGUUGUUCUGCCCAAAACCCCCAUCAGAGACAGAAUAUCAUUACCAUCUAAGAGGAGCUUUUACUUGUAUGCUGCCAUUCUGUCAGUGCUGAAUAUGGUGCAGGGUUUGGGUAGUGCACUGCUCUGUGUUGAUAUCAUAGAAGGCCUGUGCUGUGUUGACGUCACCACAUUCCUCUAUUUCUCCAUGUUUGCUCCUCUUAUCUACGUAACAUUCCUCAAAGGAUUAUUUGGAUCGGAGCCCAAGAUUUUGUUCUCCUACAAGUCUCAGAUAGAUGAGCCGGAGGAACCUGAUGUGCACCUGCCUCACACUUCCGCCGCUGGUCUGGGCAGUAGGAAGGAGCUGGAGCACAGUUCCUACUCCAGCACACAGAUAGACACUUCGGGGGCUUAUCUGGACGACGUUGUGUCUGGCCCAUUUGGAACUGGACACAGCAUCAACAGUAUCGACAGUGACCGAUGGAGAGUCAUCAAUGCCUAGAAGAAGGAGCAGGACAGACAGGGAGAAUAAACGGAGGGGCCAAUUUCGUCCAAUUAAUGACUGACUCACACCCAAUGCAAUGAACUGCAUUCCCUUUAACGCAAUGAAUAGGCUUUGGAUUUGAGCUCAGCUUGCAUGACCGCUCAGUAUAUCAAAGUUUUUUUUGUUUUAUUUUAAUUAGUGCUUUUUAAAGACUCCUGUACACUUUCAAUUGUAGCCCCAGUGCAUUAUGAUGCCUGUGCAAAACCUCGAGUAUAACUGAAGGCGUAGUCAGGAGCUCAGAAGGCUUGGUUAUAAUUGAGCUCAGAGAGACUCAGCUGAACGAUGAGCUGCAGAAGGCCUUUUGCAAAAUACUGUGCACUGAGUUGUGAGUUUCGCUUUUUUUUCCUUUUCUUUCUUUUUUUAAAUCAUGAAAGUAGACACGUUGUGCUUAUCUGUGCUUGGAUCCACUGUUUGUGUUCGCUUCUGUGUUCACUUUUAUUUUUAUUUAUUAUGCUAGUUAUAUUUUACCCUGUUCUAUUAUCAUUCCAUUUUUUUCAUUUGAGAAACAAACCAGGCAACAGAAAAAGGAACAAGAUCAUUUCAGGUUUUUUUUUUUUUUUUUUUGGUCCAUCUUGGUAUUUCUACGGACAUGAUCGGGCUUUAUUGAUGAAAAAUAUAUAUUUGAGUUUUAAAACUUUUUUUUGUAUUUAAUAGUGAAAUCAUUGUUGAACUCCAAUAACAUGCCAGAGUCUUAUAACAUGCACUGCAUAUUUUACAUCUAAAUAGAAUGAUUUAUUAAUGGGUGAAGGCAAUACAAGAUAUUUUAUGUUUAUAAAAUGAAAAUUGGCUAGAGUUAUGUUUUUUUUUGUUUGUUUGUUUGUUUGUUUGUGCUAGUUUAUGUUUUGGAUGAAUGAGUGAAUUUCAUGCUUUUGCACAAUGCACACUACCUGCGUUAUCAGAAGUAAGUAGCGAGAUGGUUUAAUGCACACACUCUAACACUUUAGAAGCUUUUAAAACCAGGUUCUGCUUAUCAGUUACUAAAAAUGCUUCUUUUUAAUCCAGUAGAAAUUUCCCUACAAGGCUAGAGCACAGUAAUACUUAAUACUUGAUAUAUUACAUGAAGAAAUUGUUUCCACCAAAUGCUGUUAUUCAGUAUUCAUGAAAAGGUUAUUUUUCCAUGUAUGUACAUAGUUGCAAAAACUAUUGUAUAUUUUCCAGCCUGUAGUCAUGUAGCCUGUUUACUGUGACAGUGCACAUUCCACCUCAUUACAUCCUACACCUGAAUGCUGGUUUUGUAAGAUGGUGACUGAAAUUAGUCAUUAAAUCUGUGUGAUAACACUGUAUGAAA